GCAUCGCGCGGUGAAAGGUCGAUGGCGCGGGAUUUCCGUCCUUUUCCGGUUUCGGCGCCAUCAGCGCGAAAGCUCCGGGAUGGGGAAGUUCAUGAAGCCCGGGAAGGUGGUGCUGGUGCUGGCCGGACGCUACUCGGGCCGCAAGGCCGUCAUCGUGAAGAACAUCGAUGACGGGACUUCAGACCGGCCCUACAGCCAUGCCCUGGUGGCGGGCAUCGACCGGUACCCGCGGAAGGUGACGGCCGCUAUGGGCAAGAAAAAGAUCGCGAAGAGGUCCAAGAUCAAGUCCUUCGUCAAGGUGUACAACUACAACCACCUGAUGCCCACCCGGUACUCUGUUGAUAUCCCUCUGGACAAAACUGUUGUCAACAAGGAUGUGUUCAGGGACCCUGCUCUGAAACGCAAAGCCAGACGUGAAGCCAAGGUGAAGUUCGAGGAGAGAUACAAGACAGGCAAGAACAAGUGGUUCUUCCAGAAGCUGCGAUUUUAGAGGUGUAACCCGGCUCUACAAAUAAAUGUUAUUAAAACCCA